UUUUGUUUACAUCGUGUGUAUACGACCUUGUCGCCUGGAAGUGUAGUCAUAUUCUUGUCGGAGUGUACCCUGGUCACCUGGUGACCAUGACCACCUGGUGACCCUAGCUACCUGGUUACCAGGUUAAUGUCAUCGCCCCGAGUCCCACCGGACGCAGAUGGAGUGCAGGAGAACAGAGUGAUUUGUUGGAAAGGGCUCCAUCAUGGCUGGUGAAGGGACCCAUCUGGCAGUCUUUGAGCUGGGCACAGCUCCUCCACUGAACCUGUGCACAUCGGUGCUGGAAGAUUCACGGGGAAUAAUGCAGAUGGAUCUGAAUGGUAAAAGCAACAAUGAUACCAUUGUCCAACAAGGAGGAAUGGGUCAGGUUACUGCUGAAGAGAUGACCCAUGUGACUAUUGCAGAUGGACUGAUGGAACAUGAUGUGGAUGGCACAAUGGUGCAGAUUGUGGAUGGUACUGUGGCACACAUUGUGAAUAAUGGGAUGGGGCAGAUAGUUUGUGAUGGCAUCAGUCAAAUAGUGGAGCAGGAUAUAGCGGAGGUGGGUGGAGGAGCUCUGGCACAGAUAACCAAUGGAGCUACUAACCUCAUCAAGAAGGAAGAGGAGCUAGAAAAUGAAGCUGAAGAAGAUGGACUUGAUGUUGAUCCAGAAGGUACCCUAAUAGAUGAAGAUGAUGAUGAUGAUGACGUCCCUGUAAAACAGGAGAGAGGAAGAAAAGUCAAAGGGAGAAAGAAAAGAAAGCGUCGCCUGACCUUCACACCCAGGAAGUUAAACAAAGUAUAUCAGUGUGAAUAUUGUCCUGCCAGAUUUGCCAGAGAUACUCAACUCAAGUAUCACUCGAAAGUGCACAUUGAUGACCAGACAGAGAAAUUUGAAUGUGACCAGUGUCAUGUUGUCUUCUCCCGGAUGAAUAAACUAAUGAAGCACCGCCAGCGUGCUCAUCAGGAAGCUCUCUCGUGUAAUCAGUGUAAUUCCCAGUUCACACACAUAAACAGCUACAGAUUGCACAUGCGUCUUCAUAGUGGAGAAAAACCGUAUGAGUGUAAUGAAUGUGGAGCCAGGUUUGUUCAGAGUAGUCAUCUAAAUAUUCAUAAACGUUCACAUACUGGUGAAAAGCCAUAUCAGUGUGAUGUAUGUAAACAGUCUUUCAAACAAAUAUCACAUCUUAGAACUCAUGAACGAAUUCAUACACAAAUGAAACCAUAUACUUGUCCUAUGUGUGGAGCUGCUUUCAUACAAAAAAGUAGUUUGAACCGCCAUAGUAGGAUUCAUACUGGUGAGAAACCCUAUGUGUGUGUAAUAUGCCAAGCAGCAUUUUGCGUUAAGAAUAAUCUUACUCGCCACAUGAUAACUCAUACUGGUGAGCAGCCAUACAAAUGUGAUCUUUGUCCAGCUUCCUUUGGUCAAGCUAUAGACUUAAAGAGACACAAGAUAGCUCAUACUGGGGUGAAGCCAUUUCAGUGUGAAUUAUGUGAAGCUUCAUUUAGCCGUAAGAAUAACUUGAAGUGGCAUGUAUAUAGUCACACAGGUGAAACGCCUUUUAAGUGUGAUGAAGAUAAGUGCAUGGCAGAGUAUACUCGUCCACGAGAUCUUAAGAAACACAAAUUAAGCCAUGGCCCUGCUAAACCACAUGUAUGCGAGACUUGUAAUCAACACUUUCCUCAGUCUAGUGGUCUUAAACGGCACAUGAUGACUCAUACAGGUGAAAAGCCUUUUGUGUGUGAAAAAUGCUUUGCUACAUUUGUUGACAAAAGUGCUCUGAAAAGACAUAUGUAUAAACAUGUUGGUGUGAAGCCUUUUGCUUGCAAGAGGUGUGACACAACAUUCCGCGAGUUUCGUAGCCUUAAAAGACACUGCUUACAAGUUCACGGGGAAGAACCCGAUAAUAGACAAGCCCACAUGCAGCUGCAGCCACAUCUUCUGCAACAACAUAUACAACAGCAGCCUCAACAGCAGCAUCAGAUCACAACAAUACCUGCAGGAACCAUUAUCACCACUCAAGAUACAUCACAUCUUAAUCAGUAUGCACAAGCAGCUCCACAGCAAAAUCCCCAGCAGAUGGCCCAGGUGCCAACAUUAAUGCUUUCUGGUGGACCAGGGCAGCCUGCUCGUGCUGCAAGGCCAGCCAACAAUUGUCAGAAUCACACUGCUCAUGUUCUUACAUUUGGAGGUAAUAAUCAGUGGCAGUCCUGGUGCUUCUGUGAGACUCCAGCCAUUCCUGAAGCUGCUCAGCAAGUGAUGGUGGCUACUACUACUACCUCUGUCAGUCUGCCUGUAACCACCCAUCAGCAACAGGUUCAGCAAGCACAGCAGCCACCACCUCCACCACCACAGCAGCAACAGCAGCAACAACAGCAGCAGCAGCAACAAGCGGCACCAUUUACAAUGUCUGUAAAAGCUCCCACAAUGCCAACUCAUAUACAGCUACAGUUUCCUUUUGGAGACACUCAGCCUGCUACUAGCCACACUCAGUGGGUAACUAACUGGGGGAAGUAAAAAUAUUUGUAGCUUUGUAUUGUUGAAUACAGGUAUUUUAUUUGUAUAGAGUUUCAUGAAGGAAACCCCCAAGUAAUGGAAAUAAAUAAAUUAUAUAUAUAUAUAUAUAUAUAUAU